AUUGGAUACCUCUAUCGAGAGAUAAUCAGUAUAAGGAGUAAGAAACAAAUUACAUGAAUUCAUGAGUUUGACUCCGAAAAAUGGAACUAUUGUUAUUGUGCUCAUUCAUCUUCUUUACCUUUGUGGGUGGCAUCCGCUCAGAGUAUGGCAUGUAUAGUGUGCGUUGUCAUGACGACAGUGAUCCUGCCAGAGACACAUACUGCCCGAAAGAUAUGAAAUGUUGUGACAAUGGUGGCUGCUGUCGUAAUGGUUACACUUGUUGUACGAAUACGUGUUGCUAUGGCCAAAACUGCUGUUCAGACCUCUCCAAUUCGUUGAAUGCUGAUUCUCAUGACCUCACUGAUGAAUUGAAUGCAGGAGUAAUUGCUGGAAUAGUAAUAGGGUCACUGGCAGAGUUAGGCCUCAUGGCCGCCAUGGUUAUUAUAGCAGCGAAGCAUAAGAUGAAGAAAACAAAAGUCGGUUGCGUAAACAAUUUAGAACCACAUUUGCCCAUAACCGAUGCAACUGCUGCGAAUGGAAAUAAUUCAAUUAGAUCGUAAAGCAAAAUUGCUACUGGAGAAAAAACAAUCAUAUCCGUCCUGAGAGGAGUGUUCUGUUCAUCGUACUUCACAUAGACACACUCACGGUUUUGUUUUAAUUAAAAACAGUUUACUUUACGUAAUAAAACAUUUAAACAUACAAAUGACAGACGUAUUUUCUAUCUAUAAAAUGUUUCACAUGGUGGGUUUAUUGAGCUUAAAAUAAAAUUAUUUAAAAAGAGAACAUGAUGUCAUCUUUAUACUGCGUAACAUGACGUCUUGUCUUGAUGCACACAAUGAACAUAUUUCUUUAGUUUCUGCAUCGUUCUGGCUUUAUGAUAUAAAAUUGUAAUGACUUUUAUGACAUGCUUUACUAUGUUUCCCA